AUGACUAUAGUCUUCGUGGUUCCUGAAAAUUUGUUGGAUGCAACUUCGCUGCGAGGAUUUCCCGAAUUGUUGGAGCUGGAGCUCAGCGGAAAUUCGAUAACUGAGAUUGGCAAGGACACUUUCCAGCCAUUGAUGGAUCUGCGCAUACUAAAUCUCUCGAUGAAUGCUUUGAGUGCACUUCGUGUCCAAGUCUUUGGCUCAUCAGCUGUGCAGCAAUUUGCAUUACAACAAUUGGAUCUUUCACAGAAUAACAUACGUCUGCUCUUCGACAAUCAAUUUCGAUUGUUGGGUGGUCUCCAGAUGCUGGAUUUAUCCGGCAAUAGCAUCGUCAGUCUAAACAGUCUUCACUUUGCGGGGUUGCAAUCCCUACGCAAAUUGUAUUUGCAGUCGAACGAUCUAAUCGAAAUAAAAGAAAACACCUUCUCAGCUCUCGAGGAUCUGGAUACGCUCGACUUGUCGCACAACAGCAUCGAAUACCUGGGCGAGUUUGUCUUUGGCAGUAAGACGCUGCCACGUUUGCGCAAACUAAACUUAAACGCCAACAAUCUGAAGCAUCUGCACACCAUGGCCUUCUCUUCGCUGCCCUUCUUGGAGUAUCUCUCGCUGGGCAACAAUGAAGUGCGUCACCUGGACGAGCGCAUCUUUGCUCCCUUGCGACAACUGCAGAAGCUGCAUUUGGGACACAAUCAAUUGACAGAGUUAAGCAGCGAUAUUCUGGAGAGUCUAAACAACAUCACAGAUCUUCUCAUUGAUAACAAUCAGUUGACUUUUCUGCCCGAAUUGAAUGGAAUGCUGCCCCAUUUGCAACGUGUGGCCAUUGAGGGAAAUCCCUGGCAAUGUGCCUGCUUUGCUGAACUUGAGCAUUGGCUGCACUCCAGACAGGUGAAGUAUCUGCGUGAUAACACCGGGUUCUAUAACGGGGAGAAGCCACUUUGCGUGGUCUCAACAGUUGAGAAUUGUGUGCGAAAUGUGUUCGACGAUCGACAUCAAGACGCUAUGGAUGAGUUUGAACAUCAUCUGAAUGGCAAUCAGUCCGAGGAGCAAAGUGACGAAGCAGAAUGAUAAUGAUUAUUUGUUAUGAUUAAUUCAUAUUCUAUUACUAAUGAAACAAUAUUCGAAGAAUUUGUGUAUGCUUAUUUAAAUAGUC